AGUGACAUAUACACCUGGCUACAAGAAGACUCCUCCACCUGUUCCUCUUCGUUCCACCACUAAGCCGCUGAUUUCUGUAACAGCCCAGAGCAGCACAGAGUCGAUGCAGGAUGCGUACCACGAGGGUCGGCCGCCGCGGAGAGGGCUUUGGCCACCGGAUAGCCUCGGCCGGGUUAUCUACAACUCCACCGACAGCCUGGAUAGCGCUAAGGCGGUGACCCUAGCAAUGGAAACCGCAUCCAAGCGCCUCACUUCUGCGGGGAGCUACAGCUCCGUUCAGACCUGCGAUAAGGCCAUCCUGGUGUCCAAAGCAGAGGAAUACCUCAAGACUCCGCGUUCUUCCAUCGGGAUACAGGUGGAAGCAGCCACAGAUUCUGAGACCGAUAGUAAAGGUCUCCCACAGUAUCAGUCCGUGGGUAUCCAGGUGGAGGAUGAGAAGAGACUUGGCCGCUUUAAACGGUCCAACAGUGUGACGACGGCAGUUCAGGCUGAUUUGGAGCUGGAGGGGUUUCCUUCGACCGAAGACAAGAGUCUGCAGUUUGGAGGAUUUCAGCGGCAUUCUGAACCCAGUACACCCACACAGUACAAUGUGGUUCGGACUGUACGCACACAGGGCCUUUUUAGCUACCGUGAGGAUUACAGGCCCUCCAGUGGGCCGCCCAGUCCACAGCCUGAACCCUGGCUGGUGGAGCCCGCUCUUGAAGCAGCCGAGUCCGGCCGGGUAUCGCCACUCCGCCGCGAUGGCAGCUGGUUCAUGCAGCUUCUGCACAGCGAGACCAAACGUCUGGAGGGAUGGUGCAAAGACAUGGAACGUGAGGCUGAGGAGCACGACCUGUCGGAGGAGAUUCUUGGGAAGAUCCGGAGUGCUGUGGGCAGUGCUCACCUCCUAAUGUCCCAGAAAUUCCAGCAGUUUUACUGGUUGUGUCAGCAAAAUUUGCCUGAAAGGAGCUUUAACCAGUUUCAAGCUGUGUGA